AUGGCUUCGCAGCGGGUAUUCCAACUUGGCCUGCGACGGGCGGCCGCGCCUAGUCUGAGGGUUCAACCGGCAGGACGCAUGGUCCAGCGGAGACUCGCAGCGACGGAACACGCCUCGCAGUCCGAAGCAGCCGAGAUCCUCGCGAAGCAGCGCAUCUACCGCCCCGUCUCCCCCCACCUGGCUAUCUACAAGCCGCAAAUCACCUGGUACGCCUCGUCGCUCAACCGCAUCACGGGAAUUACCCUCUCCGGCUCCCUCUACCUCUUCGGUAUCGCCUACCUCAUUGCUCCUUACACUGGAUGGCAUCUCGAGACACAGUCAAUGGUGGCGGCCGUUGCUGCAUGGCCCGCGGCUGUGAAGAUGGGAGUGAAGGCCUUCUUUGCUUUCCCGUUCUUCUUCCACAGCUUCAACGGCCUGAGGCAUUUGGCGUGGGAUGUGGGUAUCGGAUUCAAGAACCAACAAGUCAUCCGAACCGGAUGGACCGCUGUCGGAUUGACGGUCGUCAUGGGUCUUUACUACACUUUCCUCGGAUAA